AUGGCGAUAGUGGCGCAAGCUCCAUUGCUGGCACCUCUGCAGGUGAAGCCAUGGACGCCGCUGCCGUCUUUGCCGCGGCCUGCGCCCAAAUCGCAGCUGCGAGGCCAUCUCUCUACUUGGACUCCUUUUGUGGUCCUUAUGGCCAUGCGGAGUUCUGCCAGGAAGGGCCGGCGGUUUACGUUGGUCCGCAAAGUCUCGGAGUUGUCCGUGGAGGAGAUCCAGGACACAGUGGACACGUCGCAGUUGUCCAAGGGGACGCCCGUGAAGGUGCGUUUUGUGGAUAUGUUCUCCCUGGCACCCUGCUUCUGCAUUCACGCCUUCUUGUGGCUCAUGCAGUCGGCGUUCUUUGACUUUGUCUGGAAACCGAAGACAGUCGAAGACAGCAUCGAUGCUGGAGUUCAUCCCGUGAUUGCCGAGCUGCGAAGAAAGGAGGCCGACAAGCAGAGGACAGUGAAUGAUGCCAUUGUGGGAAAGAGAUGGCACGGACAGUCGCGAGCUGCUCCAGAUGUCGACGUGAACAAGCUGAGCACAAUGGACCCCACCUUCGAUCCAUCGCAGUUCUUCAAGCAGGCAAAAAAGAUGGGAGUUCAUCCUUUGGACUUCAUGGAGAAGAAGGUCACGCAGCCGUCCAUCCCCGGUGCUGGCAGCAGCAAGGACAAGAAGAAGGACAAGAAGAAGGAUAAGAAGAAAAAGAAGGAGAAAAAGAAGAAGGACAAGAAGAAAAAGAAGAAGAAGAAGGGCUCAUCAUCAUCCUCAAGUUCUUCUUCGGGCUCCUCCGCAAAGAAGCGAAAAGCCGAAGAUGAGCUUCAGCAGUAUCAGAUGAGAAUAGCAGAGGCCAGGCAAAAGCAGGUAGCGCUCGCUGAGUUAGAGCAGAUGAAGGCUGAGAGAAGAGCGGCUAAAGAAGCUGCUGCAAAAGCAGAGCGGCAACGCAUGGUCCCAAUGAGGCCCGAGGAAGGACACGCUAUGGCCAGGCAGCUCGAGCAGCAGUACUUCUCGCAGUUCAAGGCUCGGCUUCUUUGCGAGGCUUUGAAUGGGGGAGAGUGGUGGGGGCAGCAAUUGACGCGUGUGCAGGUGGUGGGCGAAGACAUUGCGUUCUGGCACGUUCCCGGGAAGCCUUUCAACCCGUAUGGCCUGGAGGGGGAGGUGGUCUCUGUCAUCGAAGAUGAACACCUCACCGCAAAUCGCCCCGUCCUGGUCAAACUCACCAAGGCGCCAGGAAAGUCUGAUGGCUUCAAGGCCUUUCCCGCCCACUUCUCUGGCGACGAGAUUGAAAUUCUGGCGCUGGAGGACGAGAAGGCGGAGGGAACUGGCGUGCAAAGCGGAGCUCGUGCUCCAGACAAUGAUGGCAAGUCCUUGAUGCACCUCGAGGAUGACAGAUGGGCGAUCAAUCUCCUGUACGACGGCGAUUGCCCAUCCUGCAUGAAACAGGUGGAGUUUUUGCAGAAGAGGAUGGACGAGAAUCCUCAGUACCAAGGGCUUGUGGUUUUCACCAAUUUGCACGAUCCAGACUACAAUCCCGAGCUUUGCGGCGGCGUGGUGUUCGAGGACGGCAUGCGGCACAUCCACGCGGUCACGCGUGACGGGGAGGUCAUCGCGGGCAUGGAUGUGUUCCGCAGAAUCUACAGCAUCGUUGGCAUGCAGUGGGUCUACGAGAUCACGACCCUGCCGCUGGUGGGCGCAUUCUUUGACUGGUUGUACGACUGGUUCUCUGAGUACCGCCUACGGGCUGCAGGCCGCGAGGACAUCCUGGAGAAGGUGCAUAACCACCAGGCAAAGAUCCAGGAGCUGUCUGAAGCUGAAUGCGAAGUCGAAUGCGAGGUGGACUGGGAUCACCUGGACAGGGGCCCGAAGGUUGCUCCCAGUCGACCAAUUUGA